AAUAAUACAAUACAUAAUAUUUAAAAUGAUUAAAUUACCCUUAUUACCUACGUAUGAUGUUGAAUUUUUUUUUUAAAUUAUUGACAUAUUGUUUUGUUUAAAAUAAAUACAUUCAUUUGAAAGUUUUAUUAUUAUUGGCUAACUGUACCAAAAAUUAAAUAUGAAUUUUAAUGAUAUGCAUGCUUUGGCUAAACGUAUAGAUACUCAGGUUAAAUCAUUAGAAUCAAAAGUAGCUCAUCCUAUGAGUAUGAUGUAUUCUAAUAAUUCUGGUCAAGGCGUCAAAGUACUGUCAAUGUUGAAAGAUAUGAUCAAGGAUGUAGAAAAAAAAAAGCAAGAAAUUGAGAAUUUGAUUCAAGAAGAAAACUCAACAUGGUCGGCAAUGGUAGAAGAUUACAACUCUGUUGCUAAAUUUAAAUCAGAAGUUGUUGCUAAUUUGAAUGAUUAUGAAAAUAUGUGGUCAUCUAACUAUCCUGAUUAUAAACCAUUUAUAUCGUAUAAUGAUUCUGAUUCAGUACAUGAAGAAUUAAAUUCUCUCAAUGAACUUCAUAUUCAAGAUGAUAGACAAAUAGCAGAUCAAUCUUUAAAYGAUAGUCUCAACAAUGCCAAUAUUACGAUGUCCUGAUAGUUCUACUUAUUGUAUGCAGAAAAAAAUACUGGUGAAAAAAAAAUAUUUUAAGCUCAGUACUAAAAAUUAUACAAUAUUUUCUUUUUGGUAUAUUUUG